GUUGGUGCUAUGAAGCGCAGUGUUUGGGAAAAUUGGCUUCUCUGUACUAACACCAGCUGAGAGCUUAAGCUCCUAUUGGUAGGCAUGCUUGUUUCCCGCCUUUUUCGUGUUUAUAACUAGGGAGCAUGCACUAACUUGGUCAGUUUGGCUUGGGUUUCUGCUGUAGUGCAGUCGAAGUUUAAACGUUGUUAAGAUGCCUUUUCAAGCGGUUGGUGAUAAAGAAAAUGUGCCGCUUACUCUGUCUCCAUUAAAGAUUAAUCCUAAUGUGAAUUCGAGCGGAAAGCAUCGAAAUGCAGUUUUGGAUGUGACAACGCGGCACAACAUAGCCCAACAAAUCAGCUUCGGCGACGAGAAUUUCAUUGAGAAAGACAAGAAAUCUUUCAGAAAAUUCGAUAUUGAGCUGGAACCGUUAUUGAGGGAGAACCCAAGAAGAUUUGUCAUCUUCCCGAUUCAGUAUCAUGAUAUCUGGGCUAUGUACAAAAAAGCAGAAGCAUCGUUCUGGACGGCUGAAGAAGUAGACUUAUCGAAGGACUUGGUUCACUGGCAGCAGCUUAAACCUGAAGAAAGGCAUUUUAUUUCCCACGUCCUUGCUUUCUUUGCUGCUAGUGAUGGCAUUGUUAAUGAAAACCUGGUUGAAAGAUUUAGCCAAGAAGUGCAAGUAACAGAAGCAAGAUGUUUUUAUGGUUUCCAAAUUGCUAUGGAAAAUGUGCAUUCUGAAAUGUACAGUCUUCUUAUUGAUACAUAUAUAAAGGAUUCUGCUGAAAGAGAGUUUCUUUUCAAUGCAAUUGAAACGCUCCCAUGUGUAAAGAAGAAAGCUGAUUGGGCACUCAGGUGGAUUGCUGAUGAAUAUGCAACAUUUGCAGAACGUGUAAUUGCAUUUGCUGCUGUGGAAGGCAUAUUCUUUUCUGGCAGUUUUGCAGCUAUUUUCUGGCUUAAGAAAAGAGGUUUAAUGCCAGGCCUUACAUUUAGCAAUGAACUUAUUUCAAGGGAUGAGGGCCUGCAUUGUGACUUUGCAUGCCUCAUGUUUAAGCAUGUUGUUCAGAAGCCCACAGAAGUGGAAAUAACUAAUAUUAUUAAGGACGCUGUGCAAAUAGAACAAGAAUUUUUAACAGAGGCAUUGCCUGUAGCAAUGAUAGGCAUGAACUGUGACCUUAUGAAGAAGUACAUUGAAUUUGUUGCUGACAGACUUCUUGUGGAGUUAGGCUGUUCAAAGGUAUACUUUUCAGAAAACCCAUUUGACUUCAUGGAGCACAUUUCCUUGGAGGGAAAGACUAAUUUCUUUGAGAAGAAAGUAGGAGAGUACCAGAAGUGUGGUGUAAUGGCGAGCAAAGAAGAAAAUGUCUUCACACUAGAUGCUGAUUUCUGAAAAGUGAUACUCUUUCCUUGUCCACCUGUGGUCCUUUGUAAAUUUGUAUAUUUUAUUAUGUGUUUGUCUCUGCCAUUGUUCUUGUGUCAUUUCUGUAGUAUUCAUCACCAUUUCCACUCGUGUAACUUUACUUCCAUACUAUCACUUUAUGCAUGUGUUUAUUUAUUUGUGGCUAUAAUUGAACAGACUGUAUCUAAAGAGUUUGCAUAUGGAAAAUUACUUCUCAAAUGUCUCCUUAUGGCUGGGACUUUUUAUAUGCAAUUACCCAAUUAACUGUCUAGACAGGCUAUAAGUGGCUUGUGUGAAGAUGACUGUGCAAUACUUUCUCACUUGUAUAUAUUUCUAUGAAAUAAAAUACAAAGAUUUCAGUAUUA